AUUACUGAUGAGGAUGUUGUGGCAGCUUUAACAUUCGUUCUCCCACCAUUGAUUACGGUUGGCGAUGGCCGGGCGACCGCUUCACGUAUAUGUUCUUUGGAUCUUAACCGCCGUCAACAUUGGUAUAGUGCUAUGGAGGAGUCGGCGAUUCUUGUAUUCAGAUAGAUGGGGGUCGUCUGUUACAUUGGCGGUGACUUUCCUCUUUAUUACCCCCUCGCUGGCCCCCCUCUCGAUGUAAACCCUGUCGCCUUGACAUUCCGUGAAUCCGUUCGUUUUGACUACAACAAAACCGACCAAGUGGCGUUUGAUGAGUGGUACUCCAUUCUCAAAGCCAUGAACUUUGGUCGCGUUCGAUUAGGACCAGAGAACCGCGUUUUUGCUCCCGUCCACUACCACGAAAUGCAUUGUGUUCGGAUUCUGCAUAUCGCGCUGUUGAACCCAGCGCACGAGGGGAUGCCAAAACAUGUGAAACAUUGCUUAAAUUACCUUCGACAGUGGCUGCUGUGCGAGGCGACGGAUGCAGUAGAGAGGGGAGACUUCUUAGAGAAAGAUUAUGAAUCGGAUGCAGACAGAGUUGGUGAUACCCGAAUUUGCCAGGACUGGGGGAGAGUAUAUGCGGACAUGGAUAGGAACCACGAGAGGUGGCUCGAGUUCAAAAAAGCGUGGACUUGAACGGCAGAUAGGAUAGGAUACAAAUAGUAGCCGGUUGCCGUGAGGCU